AAAUUUGACAUAACAGUUUUAAGUUAUGUUGCAGACGAAAUGAGGUUAGCGAUCUUUACGCUUUUAAUAUGUGUCGUUGACAUUUGCAUGUCGGUUGAAGCUGAUGAAUUUCCAGAGAAUCACACCGAUGAUAUUUUACACAAAAUAGCGGGCAAAAUGCUCGGAAAUGACGGAGAUGAAAAUGGUUUUGACGAAGAAGAAUUCAGUGGCUCAGGGGACUUUAAUGACAUAGCUAGCGGUGAUUAUAUAGACAUAACUCCAAACCGCACCGACUGCCACCGAGGAAGAAAUGGUACUAUUGAAGUUAGUACUAGCAACCAAACUGAAGGCAGAGAAAGAAUCGGCUGCGUUCAAAAUAAAAAGGAAUCAUGGUCAGGUCCAGUAAAUUCUCCAAACGUCUUGGACACUGAGUUAGCAGAGAUACUUGGAAAUACAACAGUGGACAAGAAGACUUUGGAUUUGUUAACAGAGGACAUUGAAAACAUAACUUCUGGCGUGGUUUCUAUCAACAGGACGAACUUAAGAGAAGACAAACUCAAGAUUAAUGUGAUAGUGGAGGCUGCUAAUAAUAAUACCGGGCUUAUGUUAGUUCUAUUAAUGUUCAUUUUGUUGGCGAUGUUUCUUAUGUUAGUUUAUUACAAAGGCUGGAUAGGUUGCCCGUCUGCUGUGCUGGACAAGGUUCCUUAUAAGAGCUACAAAUAUGCACCGCUUGAUCCUCACGUUGCUUGAGCUUCUGCAAUUUGACGUCCAAACCACAGCGCUAACAUUGGUGGAAAAAGCAUAAGCGCUGGCUACACCAAUUAUAUGCAGAAAGCGCUGCUUUUUAAAUAUCGCUUAUAUCGUUAAACACACAACAUUGUAGGAUGGGACACCUUUCUAUUCUAUUUUUCCGUCCCAUUUGGUAGUACCAUAGACCGUUUUCAUUGUGUAAAACACAAUCAGAAUGUUAUUUCCCAUUUCACCCCACAGUAAUAUACUUCGAAAUUAAUUGUCAAAUACGAUUCAGGUUUCAAUGCUUUUGUCAGUUUUUCUGAAUCCGCAGUUUUUUAAAAAUACAUUCAAACACGUU